GCUUUUUUUCUCUCUCUUUUCACCUGGCACAAAAGAGGCUAUUAUAUAUGAGAUUUACAGGCGCCCAUCAAUUGUAGAGAGAGAAGACAGAGGAAGAGAGAGAGGGAUUGAGAUAGUGAAGAAAAGGUUGCAGUCGAUUUAGCUCUCUCCGAUUACCCCCUUUUGUAGCCACCCUAAGUACUCCGAAAUUCACUGCUUUUUGUUCAAGAUCUAGCCCCUUCGUUUUAUGACCCUUUCUCCUUCUUUUCACCUCCUUUACUAUCAACUUCUCUGAAGGGAAUUUUGAGUUGGGUUUGCUUAUCUUCUGGAUCUCUACUGAGAAGGAAUCAUGUCUUCUCCGAGCAAGAGGAGGGAGAUGGAUGUUAUGAAGCUGAUGAUGAGUGAUUACAAAGUGGAGAUGAUCAAUGAUGGCAUGCAUGAAUUCAAUGUGGAAUUUAAUGGCCCCAACGAAAGCCUUUAUGAAGGUGGAGUAUGGAAGGUUCGAGUUGAGUUGCCUGAUGCAUACCCUUACAAGUCUCCAUCCAUUGGUUUCCUGAACAAGAUUUUUCACCCCAAUGUCGAUGAACUAUCUGGUUCUGUAUGCCUGGACGUCAUCAAUCAAACCUGGAGCCCAAUGUUCGAUCUUCUGAAUGUAUUUGAAGUAUUCCUGCCACAGCUAUUACUGUACCCAAAUCCCACAGAUCCAUUGAAUGGUGAUGCAGCUUCUUUAAUGAUGAGGGACAGGCAGCAAUAUGAGCAAAAAGUGAAAGAGUAUUGCGAACGUUAUGCUAAGAGAGAGAACAUCUCCAAUGCUGCUGAGGAGAGCAGUGAUGAGGAAAUAAGCGAAGGUGACGAUGGGGAGUCGAGCGAAGAGGAAGAAGUAGCUGGGCAUGCAGACCCUUGAUAGGUGCUCCAAUGGAGUCCCACUGUCUCAUGUGAAAAAAGCAAGGGAAAAAGUAGAAAAAACGUCAGGUUUGUCACUAUGUGACCAGGAACUAGACUUAAUAUCUUUGUUACUAAAUGAUCAGGGUAGUUUUUUGAGGGGAAAGUAUCCUAUACAUAUAGUAUUCAUGGUAUGCCAUACAGAAAGGGCCAUUAAUUGACAUCAAGAUGAGUACGGUUCCUCGCCUGGGUGGUAUUCAAACAGCAGUUCAUCUCUAACAGUCGAUGGCCCUGUGUGUGUGGUAUAUACUCUACAGGCUUUCCAUAGCUUACUUUUGAUUGUACAUGGUACUUGUAUCCUUUUCCUUCUGUGUUUCAGCCUUGACAUGGGCAGUUAUGGAAAGAUUUAAAACGAAACCUUGUUACUUACGCAUAAUUUGUUUCUGAGGCCAAAGAAAAAAGAAAUAUAUUGCCAGGGGGAUAGUGUGACCUAAAACUUUCUUGUAUCAUAUUUGAUGCAAUCUUAGAUCAAUGUCAAUUUGAGUUCAAGAUUCCCCUUAUUCGAUUUGUCCAAAUCGACUUUGCUCUGGAUUUUGAUAUGGGACCUUUUGAGCUCUGAAUUCUAUUGGGGUUUAUUUUUAUUACUCAUGAAUAGGGGUGUCUCAACUUGAGAUGUAUAUUCCAAUGUAAAUGUAAAGGGAUGUACCAUCUGUGAAAUGUAGUAUUUUUUGUUUA